AUGGCCAUCUACAUCGCCGCGCAAGCCCUCUUCGACGGCCUCGACAGCGUCCCCUACCUCACCCGCCUCCUCAAACUCGCCCCAUGGCUCCUCCUCCUCUGGCUCGUCAAAACCUACUUCCAAGGCGCCCGCAACCUCUCCGAACGCAACAUGCACGGCAAAGUCAUCAUCGUCACCGGCGGAACCUCUGGCAUCGGCGAGGCGACGGUCCGCGCCCUUGCGACAAGAGGAGCGCAGAUUGUCUUGCUGACCCAACACGCAUUGAGUGAUCCGUUUAUUGUGGAUUUCAUAGAGGACAUGAGGCAUGAGACGAACAAUGAGUUGAUUACCGCGGAACAGGUGGACUUGAGGAGUCUGUGGAGUGUGCGGCAGUUUGCGACGAGGUGGGUUGAUAAUGCGCCGCCGCGGAGGCUGGAUAUGUUGGUGCUGUGUGGGAGUACGUUGACGCCGAGGGGAGCCAAGAUUGAGAGUACGAUGGAGGGCGUGGAGGUGAAUUGGCAGGUGAAUUACCUGGCAAAUUUCCACCUGCUGAGCAUUCUCUCCCCGGCACUACGAGCGCAGCCGCCGGAUCGGGAUGUGAGGGUGCUGUUUGGGACGUGUGGGAGUUAUAUGGGUGGGGAUCUGGAGGGUGUGAUUGGUGGUCGGAAGAAAGAGCAGGGGAAGAGGGAGUUCAGUGCUGGGAAUGCGUAUGCGACGAGUAAACUCGCUGUGACGACGUUUGCACUGGCGUUUCAGAAGCAUUUGACUUCGUACAAGAGACCGGACAAGGCGCCCAUGAUAGCCAAAGUCAUACUAGUGGAUCCCGGACUCUGUCGAACCCCUGGCACAAGGCGAUGGUUGAGCUUCGGCUCGCUGAUCGGCCUGCUCCUCUACCUCAUGACCUACCCGCUCUGGCUCCUCCUCCUCAAAGCACCGGAGAUGGGCGCGCAGAGCUUCCUGUUCGCAUCGAUGGAGGAGAAGUUUGCAAGAGGUGAGGGCGGGGUGUUGAUCAAAGAGUGCAAGGAGCGGGACUUCUUGAGGAAGGAUGUGGAGGAUGAGGUGGUGCAGAAGAAGCUUUGGGAGUAUAGUGAGCAGAUGGUGCAGGAGGCGGAGAAGAGGGCUGCUGCGGAGAGGACGAGGGUGAAGAAGGAGAUGGAGGAGAGGAAGGAUGAGGAGGAGGCGGUGGAGCAGAUGAAGGAGUAUAAGGAGAAGGUGGGGAAGAAGGAUGGGCAGAAGAAGGAUGGGAGUCGGAGGACCGACGGCAAUCUUCCGCAACUCAACUCACCCGGUACCUACCACGGCCUCAAAUACCAAGGCUUCGGACUCGGAGACGUGUCCAAAUCCCCACUCAUCACCCCAUCGAAACCCAACGCCAUCGGCAACAGCCCCCUCGAGACCUGUCGCGAUUUCGGCCAGUACGGCGUCUUUCCCUCCAGCUCCAUCACAGCCGCGGACAAGACUAAGGCCUUCGAUCUCAACUCGGUAUCUUUCGCUUGCGUUACGCUCUCGCCAAAGGCGGGGGAUACGCCGAGGGCGUGUGAGCUCACUGUUACUGGGUACGAUGCGAGCGGGAAGCAAGUAAAGCAGGUGAAGCAUGCUUACGAUCCUGGUCGAGUGGCACCGGCGGCGAUGAAGUUUGUGGAGUUUAAGGGCUUCAGCAAGUUGCGUAGAGUCACGUUCAGUGUUACGAGUGAGUUGAAGUUGUUUACGGUGUUGAUUUUGGAUGAUGUGGUGCAUUGUGAUUACUACUAG